AGGUGGAAAGCGCGCCCUUAAUUUUGCUUUAAAAUUCUGCUUUGCCUAAAGGACGGACAUAAUGCCCUUCCCGCAGCAUAGUGCGAUGAAAUGAAUGCUCCCGUUCUUCGGUCUGUAAAAGACACGUGAAGCUGGCAGCAGGCCUGAGGGCCCAGCUGUGGCAGGAGGGGAUGCCUUCGUUCCUCUUUUCGGACGCAGUUCCUUAGCGGUCUCCCCAUAGUUGCCAACGGGAGCUCAUUCUUGCAGAUAUGCUGGUUAAAACGGGCAGAGCUGAAAGGAUGUGUAGCGUCCUAACGGCCAUCGUGCUGUGUCAGAUGUUGCAAAGGCCAGGGGUGGAUCCAGCUGCCAGCACUGCUGUGCGUGCUGGGGUUGCGCUGGAUGGAGUUGUGUUCCUGAACAGGAUGAGUUUUCUUCAGAGAAAGUGCUAAUGCAGAUGUACAAGUUUAAACUCAUAUCGCAGGCAUAUGAAGUUCUGUCGGACCCAAAGAAAAGGGACCUCUAUGACCAGGGUGGGGAGCAGGCUAUUAAAGAAGGAGGCCUGAGUGGCGGCAGCUUCUCUUCACCCAUGGACAUCUUUGACAUGUUCUUUGGUGGUGGAGGCCGAAUGAAUAGAGAGAGAAGAGGCAAAAAUGUUGUGCACCAGUUAGGUGUAUCUCUUGAAGACUUAUAUAAUGGUAUUACAAGGAAACUGGCACUGCAAAAGAAUGUUAUUUGUGCAAAGUGUGAAGGUUAUGGCGGAAAGAGAGGGGCAAUAGAAAAGUGCCCUGUGUGUAAAGGAAGAGGAAUGCAAGUUCUAGUUCAGCAGAUUGGACCUGGCAUGGUACAACAAAUCCAAACUGUGUGUCCAGAAUGCAAAGGCCAAGGUGAAAGAAUAAAUCCGAAGGACAGGUGUGACAACUGCAAUGGCUGUAAGGUUGUGAGAGAGAAAAAGAUCAUAGAAGUUCAUGUUGAUAAAGGUAUGAAAGAUGGUCAGAAGAUAGUAUUUCAUGGAGAAGGUGACCAGGAGCCCGAUCUGGAGCCUGGUGAUGUUAUAAUUGUGCUUGAUCAAAAGGAUCACAGUGUCUUUCAGAGGCGAGGGCAUGACUUAAUCACAAAAAUGAGAAUUCAACUCUCGGAGGCUUUAUGUGGUUUCAGAAAGACCAUUGAAACUCUGGAUAACAGAGUUCUUGUCGUAUCAUCUAGGCCAGGUGAAGUGAUAAAACAUGGUGACCUAAAGUGUAUCUACAAUGAAGGGAUGCCUAUCUACAAAUCCCCAAUGGACAAAGGCAGCUUAAUUAUACAGUUUUUGGUCCAGUUCCCAGAGCACUACUGGCUCCCAAGGGAGAAACUGUGUCUGCUGGAGGCUCUGCUUCCUCCACGUGAAGAUGUUAUGAUUACAGAUGAGAUGGAUCAGGUAGACCUUGAAGAUUUUGAUCCAAGUGAGCAAACCUACCGUAACAGUGGUGGAGAAGCAUAUGAAGAAGAUGAGGAGGGUCCAAGAACUGGAGUACAAUGUCAGACAUCUUAAAGCAAGGUGGAAUGGAUGUCAUCUAAAGUGUAAAUUUUCACAAUGAAAACUGCAUGGCUGUAAGAGCCACUGCUUGUGGUUUUUGUGUUCAGCAAAUUGAGUUGCUGCGCUGUCAGUAUCACCUUUUUGUAACUAAUUUAUAUUGUGUUCUUGUAGUCUUUAUAUAUAAAGCAAAUGUCACACAGCUGAGAACCAACUGAGUUGGUAUACAUUUUCCUUUGCUGUGAAAGUUCUCAAUUUAUUUCACCUUUGCUAUUUAUAUAAGACUUUGGCAAUAUGGAUAGAGGCUAAGUGGAGUGUCUUAUGUAAAUACUUUCAUACUGGAAAAUUAAUUUCAUAGAAUAAAACAUAGCAGAAAUAACUUCUAAUAAAUAGAACUGUUCACAUUUUAUCAUGCUUCUCUUGUACUUUCUAAGCCACUUGAGAACCCUCUUUAUUUAAAUAAGUUUCUCUAAGCUCAGACUCCUAUCACCUAGUCUAGAUUGUUCUCCAUAUUCAGCUUUGUGUUAGCUGCAACACUACUCUGUGUCUCAUCUUGUAUUUCAAAAGUGUUUUGUGCAUGCCCCACUCAGUGCACAGUAGCACUCUUCCCUCUGUUCUUUUGUUGCAUUAGAGUAGCAUUCCUUCAGCUGCUUAGCUCUACGUAAGUGUAACUUUGGGUUAUAAGGUAUCCUUCUAAUGUGUAUAGGUGUACCCCACAUACUUCUAACUUACAUACCAGGCAAAUGCUUCCAAAUAAAAUUUUGAUCUUUCA